UGGCCCCUGGAUGGACCCUCGGUCUCUCCCAGCAGGGCUCUUCCGGCGUUCUCACCAUGAGACGUGCUUCACCAGCUGAUCCCAGUUCCAGGAGAACCCCCUCAAGCCCACCUUCACGCCGGAGGCAAUCUCCCAGAGCAUCACGCCGGGGACGGUCACCUCGGUCACCACGCGGUCGUCCUCGGAGGCAACGUGCAGCAGAAGCGGCAGUGCGCCAGCGACGGCGAAGGUACCGACCUGGCCAGCGGGCGAUGCUGGAGAUCCGGAGGUACCAGAAGAGCACCAACCUCCUCAUUCGGAAGCUGCCCUUUGCCCGUGUGGUGCGCGAGAUCUGCCUGGAUUUCACCCGGGGGGUUGACAUGCAAUGGCAGGCAAUGGCUUUGCUGGCUCUGCAAGAGGCAGCUGAAGCUUUCCUCGUGCACCUGAUGGAGGACGCCUACCUUUGCGCCAUCCACGCCAAGCGUGUCACCCUCUAUCCCAAGGACAUCCAGUUGGCUCGGCGGAUCCGCGGCAUCCAGGAGGGCUUGGGUUAGCCGCCUCCUCCUCCUGCACCCCUCCCUCCCCCAAGCCGAGGAUGUAGCUUCUGCAGCUGGAAAAAGCACAGGCAGCCCCUCGGAAAGCCCUGCACACACUCUGGGACCUGCCUCCAAGGGAGCACCUGGCUUCGGAAGGGGCUCCUGGCUUGAGCCUGAACAUACCUUGGAGGAGCACCACACCUGGCGGGAGCUCUGGGGAAAGCCAGACCUUCUUACUCCAGUGUCCAAAGACUUUCCUUGUCAUAAUUGAAUCAAUUCUGUAUUCUGAGCCUGUGAGAGGAAUUAAUCUGGGACGUUGAUUGGCAAGAGGUCACAGUUCCGCAACAAAUUACGCACCUUUGAAACCCCAUUGGUUCUUCCAGUGGGGCAAUUACAGAGCAUGAGCUUAAAAACCUAUUUACUGAGAACCAUGGGGACUUGCAAAUACUUCAGGUUUUUCUUUCCUUAACCAGGAUUGUAUCCAUAAUUUUUUACUUCAAGUUUUAAAUUUCGUUUGGCUUCUUGAGGGUGGAAUUUUACAUUGGCUGGGCUUGUUGUCCUUGGAUGAGGCCAUUCCAGUAAUCGAGCCCAGAAGUGGGUCAUAUGCAGCCCACGGGGCACCUGUGGACCCCAUUCCCCAAAUUCAGUGAAUGUGUGUGCGUGCACUUAAAAAGUGCCAUCUGUAGUGACUACGAAGCUCCAGAAUUGCAUUCCACAGCUGCAACAAUGGCCAUCUUAAAUUUUUAAUUGGGAGUUUUAAUUUGGGGGAGGGGGUCCAGUGGGAGCAAACACUCCUUGAUCUAGCCUAUCUUACCUUCCUGUUGCCAUUGCUUUCUUAUCCUCAUGCAUCACUCUGGAAAGGGGACUCGGAUAGGAGAGGAACUGGAGAAAUUCUCCAGCCGGUUGGCAGGUUCACCAGGUACGUCUUACCUGCUUUCAUCUGGAGGGUAAGAAGCUGGCCAGAAUGCUAGAAGCUUAAAGCUGGAUAACAAUGCCUGAAAAGAUUGCAAUCGGCAGAAGGAAGGACUUUGCAGUGGCGAGGAGAGAAAUGUGUCAUGGGUCAAUUGGAAGAGGCGCUUUCAGUCUAAUUUUAAUACACGAGUUUUUAUGUCAUGUCAAAGUUGAAUAAAACGGGUUUGAACAUUUGCAUGCCUCGCCCGUUCUUGAGAGGAGCUUGAAUCUCUGCGUGUCUGGUGGUGAGGAUGAUUCACUGGCACAUAGGGGGCUUAAGAAGCAAAUGUGGGGAUCUAGAGCCAUGAAUUCUA